ACACCUGCUCACACCUGCUCACACCUGCUCUCCGUCAUUCUCCUCUUCCUUCGAGUUUUAUCCGUCUUUUCGCCGUAUUUUUACCCUAGAUUUUGUUCCAGACAUUGUGAGCCAACUCUCGGUUUAUUUCCGUGUCGUUUUAAUUGAUUUCGGCGACGAUGGAGCCGGUUUUUACCAUCAACUCCUGGGCUUUGACGGCGAUUGUCUUGUUCGUGACAUUGUUACCAGGUCAAGGUAACGCAGUCAUCUACAAGAAAGUAGGAGAUGAAGUUGUCCUGAGUCCAGGCUCUGAGGCUUCACCCAUCACCAGCAUCACAUGGAAACAUAAUUCAAACCUGGCUGCUGAGUGGUAUGAAGGAGGCACGAUUGACUUCUACGCAAUAUUCAAAGGUCGCUGUAAACUGAACACCACAACUGGAGAGCUGAUCAUCCCAAACCCGACACGAGAGUACAGCGGCUCCUACACAGCAGAGAUCAACAACAGAGUCCUGGACCCAACUGAAUUCAAGUUUAUCUCUGGCGUCCCUACACCAACUGUGUCAGAAAACUGUGAUGAUGAAAAGACCCACUGUGUUCUGACCUGUGAAGGCAUCACUACAGACUCUGGACCAGUCACCUACACCUGGUGGUCAGGUGAUGUGAUGAAGAGUCAAACCAAGCUGCUCAUAAUAACAAAGAACGAUACAGAGCCUUCGUUUACCUGUAAGUUAGAAAACACAGUCAGCUCUGAACGCAGCAGAGAAGUCACCAACCCUUUCAUCUCCUCCACCUCUAACACUGAGAAUAAAAAUAACGGAGUGUAUUGGUUAUUCCUACUGCCGGUUCUGGCGGCCAUUGCUGGUGUCGGUUUCUUUAUUUACAGACGCAGGCAAGGGAGAUAUCAUUCACUACCAAGAUAUUCACGCAGAGUAGCUGCAAACACAUCACAGGUCUCUCCUCUCAGUGUAGCUGAGAAUAAACCAUUGCUUUCUGGUAACAACGGUGAAGUCCGACAAUCAUCAUCCAGUCCAGGAACCGUUAAUGAAACAGGAGGAAACGAAGAAUCUAACCAGACCCAGAAUAAUGUUGACUUUGCAGGAAGUAACAAAGAACUUGAGACUUCAGAUCCACCUGCUAAACCACCACGGCUAGAGAAUCCACCAGAGGAGUCACGAGACACAGAAUCUACUCCUAAUCCACAAUCAGCUGCUUCUCCGCCAACUACCAGUGAUCAACCUGAAGGAGACAAAGAACUUAACGCAAACCAGAAUAAUGAUGUGUCCACAGAAAACAACAAAGACCCUGCAGAGAAUUCACCAGAGGAGUCAGGAGACAAAGGAGCUGCUACUGCAGACACAUCACAGGUCUCUCCUCUCAGUGAAGGUGAAGAAGAUGCAAACCAGAAUAAAGAUGACUCCACAGAAAACAACAAAGACCCUGAGACGACAGGAGACGACAAAUCUGAUCAUGACACUACUUCAACGAAGUCACAGGACGAGGGAACUCCUACUGGUGAACCAUCAUCUUCUGCUUCUCUCUCAGGCAAACAAGGAACAAAUCAACCAGACCAGAAUAAUGAAGAGUCCAAACCUGAUCCACCUGCUGGACCACCACGGUGUACUUCUCUCCCAGAUCUCAGUAAUCAACCUGAGAAUAAACCAUUGCUUCCUGGUAACAAUGGUGAAGUCCAAGUAUUAACCACUCUAGACCACAUCAAUGAAACAGAGACUUCAGAUCCACCUGCUGGACCACCACGACGUACUUCUCUCUCAGGUCCCAGAGAUAAACCUGAAGGAGAAAUAAAAUCUGACAAAGACGAGGCCAGAGAUAAACCUGCAGAGACAUCACUAGAGGACGGAGCAGCUCCUACUGAUCCACCACCACCUCCUCCUUCCUCAGAGACUUCAGAUCCACCUGCUGGACCACCACGACGUACUUCUCUCUCAGGUCCCAGAGAUAAACCUGAAGGAGAAAUAAAAUCUGACAAAGACGAGGCCAGAGAUAAACCUGAAGGAGAAAUAAAAUCUGACAAAGACGAGGCCAGAGAUAAACCUGAAGGAGAAAUAAAAUCUGACAAAAAGAAGGCCAGAGGUAAACGUGCAAAGACAUCAUCAAAGGACGGAGCAGCUCCUACUGAUGCACCACCUCCUCGUCCCUCAGAGAAUAAACCAUUGCUUCCUGGUAACAAUGGUGAAGUCCAAGUAUUAACCACUCUAGACCACAUCAAUGUAACAGAUCCAUCUGCUGGACCACCAUGGCGUACUUCUCUCUCAGGUCCCAGAGAUAAACCUGAAGGAGAAAUAAAAUCUGACAAAAAGAAGGCCAGAGGUAAACGUGCAAAGACAUCAUCAAAGGACGGAGCAGCUCCUACUGAUGCACCACCUCGUCCCUCAGAGAAUAAACCAUUGCUUCCUGGUAACAAUGGUGAAGUCCAAGUAUUAACCACUCUAGACCACAUCAAUGAAACAGAGACUUCAGGUCGACCUGCUAAACCACCACGGCUAGAGAAUCCACCAGAGGAGUCAGGAGACACAGAAUCUACUCCUAAUCCACAAUCAGCUGCUUCUCCUCCAACUACCAAUGAUCAACCUGGAGGAAACCAAGAAUCUCUCCAAACCCAGACACCUGUAGUGUCUCCAGGACUGAACGAUAAACCUGCAGAGAAUUCACCACAGGAGUCAGGAGACACAGAAUCUACUCCUAAUCCACCACCAGCUGCUUCUCCUCCAACUACCAAUGAUCAACCUGGAGGAAACCAAGAAUCUCUCCAAACCCAGACACCUGUAGUGUCUCCAGGACUCAACGAUAAACCUGCAGAGAAUUCACCACAGGAGUCAGGAGUCACACAAUCAUGUGCUUCUCCCCCAAAUACCAAUGAUCAACCUGGAGGAAACCAAGAAUCUCUCCAAACCCAGACACCUGUAGUGUCUUCAGGACUCAACGAUAAACCCGCAGAGAAUUCACCACAGGAGUCAGGAGACACAGAAUCUACUCCUAAUCCACCACCAGCUGCUUCUCCUCCAACUACCAAUGAUCAACCUGGAGGAAACCAAGAAUCUCUCCAAACCCAGACACCUGUAGUGUCUCCAGGACUGAACGAUAAACCUGCAGAGAAUUCACCACAGGAGUCAGGAGUCACACAAUCAUGUGCUUCUCCCCCAAAUACCAAUGAUCAACCUGGAGGAAACCAAGAAUCUCUCCAAACCCAGACACCUGUAGUGUCUCCAGGACUCAACGAUAAACCUGAGAAUUCACCGCAGGAGUCAGGAGACACAGAAUCUACUCCUAAUCCACCACCAGCUGCUUCUCCUCCAACUACCAAUGAUCAACCUGGAGGAAACCAAGAAUCUCUCCAAACCCAGACACCUGUAGUGUCUCCAGGACUGAACGAUAAACCUGCAGAGAAUUCACCACAGGAGUCAGGAGACACAGAAUCUACUCCUAAUCCACCACCAGCUGCUUCUCCUCCAACUACCAAUGAUCAACCUGGAGGAAACCAAGAAUCUCUCCAAACCCAGACACCUGUAGUGUCUCCAGGACUGAACGAUAAACCUGCAGAGAAUUCACCACAGGAGUCAGGAGACACAGAAUCUACUCCUAAUCCACCACCAGCUGCUUCUCCUCCAACUACCAAUGAUCAACCUGGAGGAAACCAAGAAUCUCUCCAAACCCAGACACCUGUAGUGUCUCCAGGACUCAACGAUAAACCUGCAGAGAAUUCACCACAGGAGUCAGGAGUCACACAAUCAUGUGCUUCUCCCCCAAAUACCAAUGAUCAACCUGGAGGAAACCAAGAAUCUCUCCAAACCCAGACACCUGUAGUGUCUUCAGGACUCAACGAUAAACCUGCAGAGAAUUCAUCACAGGAGUCAGGAGUCACACAAUCAUGUGCUUCUCCCCCAAAUACCAAUGAUCAACCUGGAGGAAACCAAGAAUCUCUCCAAACCCAGACACCUGUAGUGUCUUCAGGACUCAACGAUAAACCCGCAGAGAAUUCACCACAGGAGUCAGGAGACACAGAAUCUACUCCUAAUCCACCACCAGCUGCUUCUCCUCCAACUACCAAUGAUCAACCUGGAGGAAACCAAGAAUCUCUCCAAACCCAGACACCUGUAGUGUCUCCAGGACUGAACGAUAAACCUGCAGAGAAUUCACCACAGGAGUCAGGAGACACAGAAUCUACUCCUAAUCCACCACCAGCUGCUUCUCCUCCAACUACCAAUGAUCAACCUGGAGGAAACCAAGAAUCUCUCCAAACCCAGACACCUGUAGUGUCUCCAGGACUCAACGAUAAACCUGCAGAGAAUUCACCACAGGAGUCAGGAGACACAGAAUCUACUCCUAAUCCACCACCAGCUGCUUCUCCUCCAACUACCAAUGAUCAACCUGGAGGAAACCAAGAAUCUCUCCAAACCCAGACACCUGUAGUGUCUCCAGGACUGAACGAUAAACCUGCAGAGAAUUCACCACAGGAGUCAGGAGACACAGAAUCUACUCCUAAUCCACCACCAGCUGCUUCUCCUCCAACUACCAAUGAUCAACCUGGAGGAAACCAAGAAUCUCUCCAAACCCAGACACCUGUAGUGUCUCCAGGACUGAACGAUAAACCUGCAGAGAAUUCACCACAGGAGUCAGGAGUCACACAAUCAUGUGCUUCUCCCCCAAAUACCAAUGAUCAACCAGGAGGAAACCAAGAAUCUCUCCAAACCCAGACACCUGUAGUGUCUUCAGGACUCAACGAUAAACCUGCAGAGAAUUCACCACAGGAGUCAGGAGACACAGAAUCUACUCCUAAUCCACCACCAGCUGCUUCUCCUCCAACUACCAAUGAUCAACCUGAAGGAGACAAAGAACUUAACGCAAACCAGAAUAAUGGUGUGUCCACAGAAAACAACAAAGACCCUGAGAGUUCAUCACAGAGGCCAAGAGACAAAGGAGCUGAUACUGACAAACGAGGAACAAAUCAACCAGACCAGAAACUUGAGAGUUCCACAGGAAGUAGCAAAGACCCUGGAAUAAAGCUUAACAAGCAUCCAGUCCAAGCAUCAUCAUCCAGUCCAAGAAAAGUUAAUAAAAUAGAGACUUCAGAUCCACCUGCUAAACCACCACAGUCUGGUUCUCCAUCAGGUCCCAGUCAUCAACCUGGCAAACAAGGAACAAAUCAACAAGACCAGAAUAGUGACGGGUCCAUGGGAACCAAAGCUGAGAAACCACCAGAGAAACCAGCUGACCAAGUAGCUUCUACUGAUCCACAACCAUCUUCUCCUCCUUCAGACAAACAAGGAACAAAUCAACAAGACCAGAAUAGUGACGGGUCCAUGGGAACCAAAGCUGAGAAACCACCAGAGAAACCAGCUGACCAAGUAGCUUCUACUGAUCCACAACCAUCUUCUCCUCCUUCAGGAGGAAAACCUUCCAAGUGUGUAAUACUGUAGUCGUCCGAUCUUCUCUUCAUCCUGGACGAGGAAAACCUUCCAAGUGUGUAAUACUGUAGUCGUCCAAUCUUCUCUUCAUCC